AUGACUUACAACAAUCAUUCCAUCCUCUUCUUCCUCUUUCUAUCCCUCCUACCCUUGUUCCAAUCCCAGCUCACCGCCAACUACUACCAAAAAACCUGCCCUAAAUUCUCCGAAAUAGUCAACCGAACCGUGAUUGGCAAACAACUCUCGGCGCCGACCACAGCCGCCGCCACACUCCGCCUCUUAUUUCACGAUUGCAUGGUAGGCGGCUGCGACGCCUCCAUCCUUGUCACCUCCAACUCCUUCAACAAGGCGGAGCGCGACGCCGAGAUCAACCUCCCUCUCUCAGGGGACGGCUUUGACGCGGUCUCCCGUGCCAAGGCCAUCCUGGAGAUGGAGUGUCCCGGCGUCGCCUCUUGCGCGGACAUCCUCGCAAUAGCGGCGCGGCAUCUCGUGGUGGCCGCUGGCGGCCCUGCCUUUGAAGUCCUCCUCGGCAGAAAAGACUCCCUGGAGUCCAAAGCCGAAAGCUCCGAGAAGCAGUUCCCCUUACCAACCAUGCCAAUGUCCCAAGUCAUAUCCAUCUUCACCUCGAAAGGCUUCUCCGUUCAGGAAAUGGUAGCCCUCGCUGGUGCACACACCAUAGGGUUCUCCCACUGCAACCAAUUCAGCAACAGAAUAUUCCACUUCAGCAAGAGUUCCGAAGUCGACCCCGCGUACAACCCUGGUUACGCGGAAGGGCUGAGGAAGCUGUGCGCGAAUUACCAAAAGGACCCUUCGAUGUCGGCGUUCAACGACGUGAUGACGCCGAUGAAGUUCGAUAACAUGUAUUUCAAGAACUUGAGGAGAGGGUUAGGGUUGUUGGCCUCUGAUAGCGCUAUGUUUGCGGAUCCGAGGACGAGGCCGUUCGUGGACACGUACGCCGAUGACGAGGGUAAGUUCUUUCAGGACUUCGCACGUGCCAUGGAGAAGCUUAGCGUUCUUGAGGUUAAGACGGGGACACAGGGAGAGGUGCGGUCAAGGUGUGAUACCUUCAACAAGCUUAAUAUUUGAGAUUUCAGAAUCAGACCACGUUUGUGUUGUAUUUGUACCUUUUUUUUUGUUUUGUUUUUGUUUUUGCUUGAAAUUGAACAUGUAGAACGAGAGUGAUAGAAGAACUAACAUGAUGUAGAAAGUGGUAUAGCUCGCAUAAGACUUUCUGAAUGAGUGAGUGUACGUAGGAGUACGAUGGUAGCCGCGUAUGUAACUAGCUUGUCAAUGAAGUUCCUAGUUUUUUUUUUAUUAUAUUUUAAUAUACUUCGAAUCAAAAAGA